CCAACACUCUUCACAACACAAACAAUGGCUUAUUCUAGUUACCAUCAGUUGGUCUUGAUCUCUUCCCUUCUGUUCCUCACUCUUUCUUCUUCCUCCCUUGCCCAGCAAUCAUUCCGGCCCAAGGCCCUAGUCGUCCCCGUCUCGAAGGACGCGUCAACCCUCCAGUAUGUGACCCGUAUCGGCCAGAGGACUCCCCUCGUGCCUGUUAGCCUGGUGGUUGAUUUGGGGGGCCAAUUCCUUUGGGUCGACUGUGAGGACCCAGGCUAUGUGUCCUCCACGUACCGCCCCGCGAGGUGCGGUUCGGCCCAGUGCUCGCUGGCUCGAGCGAGCGGGUGCGGGGAGUGCAACUCCUCUCCCCGGCCCGGGUGCAACAACAACACCUGUGGUGUGAUUCCCGAUAACACCGUCACUCGGACCGCCACAGGAGGGGAGGUCGCGUCCGAUGUUGUCUCGGUAGCCUCGACAGAUGGGUCGAACCCUGGUAGGGUGGUGAACGUGUCACAGUUCCUUUUCGCCUGUGCGCCGACCUUUUUGCUGAAUGGGCUUGCCAGUGGGGUCAAGGGCAUGGCGGGGCUCGGGCGGACUAAGAUCGCAUUCCCAUCGCAGUUUGCCUCAGCCUUCAGCUUCAACCGGAAAUUUGCCAUCUGCCUUGCAUCCUCCCCCUCGUCGAGUGGGGUCAUCUUCUUCGGGCCCGGACCUUACAAUCUCCUCCCAGGCAUCGAUGCCUCCGCAUCCUUGACGUUCACUCCACUUUUCAUCAACCCCGUGAGCACUGCUUCAGCUUACUCCCAGGGCGAGCCUUCAUCGGAGUACUUCAUUGGAGUCAAGUCCAUUACGGUCGGUGACAAAGUGGUUCCAUUGAACUCAACCCUCUUGUCCAUCGAUAGCGAGGGUAAUGGUGGGACGAAGAUCAGCACCGUCAAUCCCUACACCGUCCUCGAAAAAUCCAUUUUCACUGCUGUCACAGAGGCAUUUAUCUCCGAGUCAGCUGCUAGGAACAUCACCAGGGUGUCAUCCGUAGCACCAUUCGAGGUUUGCUUCAGCUCAGAGAACGUGGCCAGCACGCGUGUUGGCCCUGCCGUGCCGUACAUCUACCUGACACUGCAGAACAAAGACACCGUCUGGACCAUUACAGGCUCAAACUCAAUGGUUCAGGUAAGCGAUGGCGUGCUGUGCCUGGGAUUUGUCAACGGAGGAGAAAACCCGAGGACUUCUAUCGUGAUAGGAGGGUACCAGCUCGAGAAUAACUUGCUGCAGUUCGAUCUGGCAACUUCGAGGCUCGGGUUCAGCUCGACUCUCUUGGGCAGGCAAACCACAUGUGCUAACUUCAAUGUCACCGCCAACCCUUGAGAGUCUCCAGCGUUAUUUCACAGUCAGAUUGUUACACACUGAUAAUAAGUUACAGUUUGAUGAAAUAAGUUGGAUGUGAUAUAUGGACUGAAUAAUCACCGGAUUACAAUGUGAAAUAGAUUGGUUUGUCCUAUAGUUCAUUAAUUUUCUUUUUCCAUACGUAAAAAAUGAUAUUUGUUUUUCUUUGUUUC